CUUUCGAGAAAUUGAGCUUGAUCUUUUCCAUAGAGUUGGUUUCAAUAGCAAAUAAUUAUUCUAGCGACACAAAAAUGUCAUCACUGGAGUUCCCGAGCAAAACGCCUGAAGAGGGAAAAGAAAUGCCGACGACUUUUGGAAGUUCAGACAACGGCUGCGGCCGGUGUUGCCAGAAAUUUUGUGGGGUGAUCAGGAGAAAUCUACUCGUGGUUUUGCUGGGUAUGGGAGCAGCAGUUGGCUUUUUAAUCGGGGCGGUUAUCAACCCGACCGUGCAGGAUAUCGAGAAUCCGGAGACGAAAGCUACAACAACCAUGCUGAUCGGCUUCCCCGGCGAACUGCUCAUGAAUAUGCUGCAAGUUAUUAUCCUUCCACUCAUCGUGGCCAGUCUGAUCACUGCUGUGUCACAUCUUGAUGCAAGAGCGACCGGGAAGAUCGGGCGUCGUGCGUUGCUAUUUUAUCUUACCACAACUUUGUCCGCCGCCAUCUUGGGCAUGGUCCUCGUUUCCUCGAUUAGGCCAGGGAAGACUGACAGUCCAACUGGUAGUAAAUCAAACCCGAAUCCCUACACGACCAGAGACUCCUUUUUGGAUUUAAUCAGGAGCUGUUUUCCCAGUAACCUUGUUGAGGCGACAUUUCGUCAGAAAAAGACUUACUACAGAACAGAUCCUGGCAAGUAUGAAUUCCGCAAUGUGACUGGUACCUCCCCAAAACUCGAAGAGAAUGAGAAAAUCUUUGAGGUCAUUAUGGUGAAUGCAACACUGAACAUAACCACUAUAUCCAAAGAGAUAUACCCAUCUUCCAAAACAAUAUUUGCUGGAGUUAAAACUAACCCCACCGGCGGCAUGAACAUUCUUGGUUUGGCUGUGUUCUCCAUUGUGUUUGGUGUUGUACUGGGGAAGAUGGGUAUAAGAGCCAAACCUUUGACUGCUUUCUUUUCCUCUCUCAAUGAUGCUGUCAUGAUCUUGGUGACGCUUAUCAUGUGCGCUGCAACACUGCCCACCACCAUACGCUGCCUUGAAGAAAACAAUAAAGUGGACCCGCGCAUAAGCAAGUUUGUGUUGCCGCUGGGUGCGACGGUGAAUAUGGAUGGCGCAGCUCUGUAUGAGGCUAUCGCUGCCAUCUUUAUUGCUCAACUGAACGACUAUGAUUUGUCAGGAGGAAAAAUAGUCGCCAUUUGUCUUACAGCAACAGCGAUAGCAAUUGGUGCCGCUGGCAUUCCUUCAGCAGGCUCAAUUACCACCAUCAUUGUUUUGCAAGCUGUUGGGCUGCCGCUGGAUGACAUUGGACUCAUCAUGGCUGUCGAUUGGUUCCUGGAUCGAUUCCGUACAACGGUUAAUGUCUUGGGUGACUCAAUCGGCGCUGGUGUUGUGGAGCAUCUGUCCCGUGAGGAUCUGCUCAAGUAUGAUGUUAAUGGCAGGAUGGAUGACCACGCCCCUCUUAGUAACGGGUUGAAACUGGAUGACCCCGAUCAAGUCGUGGUCACCUCUUCUUUGUAAUCUAGUCUGUUGUCGGAUGAUGUUAGUCAACUAAUUGCGUAGAUACUUGUAAUUGCAUGCUUUUUAUCAUGUUUGGUUAUGUAACACGAAGAAGAACCUAUGGUUUUAACAUAUCAAUCGUGUGAUAGAUAUAAAAAGUAGUAUGGCUUCAACGGGAUAUUUUGGUAAAUACCGCCUUUGAUGUUUCAAAGUCUUUCAUAAAACAACUUUUAGUUAACGCCUAGGAAAAAUCGUAAGCUCGCUUACGAUUUUUCUCUAUAGCUCAGUGGCAGAGCUUUCUUACCGCAAAAUCCUAAGGGUUGGUGUUCGAUUUCUCGUGGAGGACCUAACGUUUUUUUUUUUUUCCAUCGGUCGUUUUCUCGCGCCCUCAAGGAAACAAAUAUGAAUUCUUUUUACCAUGAUCUCCUGUUGCUAUAAGAUGACAGUUUUGUUCUUUAUUCUCUUGGUCGAGCUACGUCACGUUAUCUUUAAUAUUUUACUAAUGUAGGAAGUUAGCCGCUGACUGUAGUGAACACUGUCAAUGAUAUAAACUGAUACCUUGUUUUAAGUCGCUACAUGGAUGUGAGGUGUAUACAUUCUUCUGGUUUUUUAAAGGAAAACUAAGAAAAUCAUGUUAUGGAUCCAUAAUGUAACUUCUUAAGAAAAUGUUGAAAUCGUUCAAAUUGAUCAUUUCUGCAUCUUCACACAAUCUUCCAAAGGGGCAGUGAUCCCAAACUAACUUAGUAGAGAUUGUCCAAGGAGUACGGCCUACAUUGAUUUGUCAGUCUUACCCUUACAUCGUCUCUUUCUUUUAAGGGUGGUCAUGGAUUAUUUGGUUCUUAAUUCCCUCUCUUUGGAAAACUGAAACUCUUCGGAUCAUUUUCCGUUUCUGAGCAAUUGCAUACCUACCCUCCCCCUCGUGUCAGUUGACUUUUGUAGGGCUAGGGGAGGGAUAGUUACUGACCUUGAUACGAAUGUAUUUUCAACCUACGAAAAGCUGCACGUCUUUAUGUUAUAUUCAUUUAUAUGUCUCCUAUAUACUUAGAUUACAUUUUUUGCAAUAACCAUACGAAAGUUGCAUAUAGCUUAGAACUUGUUUACCUUAAGGUUAGUACAUCCAGUCUUAAAAGGUGUUAAAUGGUACAGGAGUAGAAAGGGUUCCUAUCAAGUGUUACGGCUUUCGGUUUAGUUGUGUUAUAGUUUUUAUAUUGUAGCGCUUUGUUAAGAAUUCAAUGAAGUCAUUAAAGGUAAAACAGCUCUGCUAUGA